GUAUGAGAUAAUGAAUCACGAAUAUAAAGUGCUAAGCCUGGUGCCAGUACUUUCUAUUCUUUGAGAGCUGGUAACUCUCAGGGCCCCAAGUCAGUGCCUAAAGGCAGGAGCUACUAUUUCUUGGCAAACUGAGGAGGAGGGGAAUGAUGUCAAGGGAGCCGUUUGUGAAGUGGCCGUGGAGAGUGAGAGCAUAGGUUGUAUUCACAGGGUGUACAUGGCCUGUCCUUGUUUUCCUUGCUAGGCCUCCUGCGUUGCUGUGUGGCAUACAACGUGGGCCUCCCGGACGCGAGGGUCUUCUCCGGGCCUGCGGACGCCCAGUUUGGCUACGCGGUGCAGCAGUUCAUCAACCCAAAAGGCAACUGGUUGCUGGUUGGCUCGCCGUGGAGUGGCUCUCCAGACAACCGCAUGGGCGACGUGUACAGAUGUCCGCUCCACCUGCCCACGGCCGCCUGUGAGAAGCUCAAUUUGCAAGCUUCCGUGAGCAUCCCCAACGUGACGGAGAUAAAAACCAACAUGAGCCUCGGCCUGACGCUCGCCAGGAACGUGGGCACCGGAGGGUUUCUCACAUGCGGGCCCCUGUGGGCACAGCAGUGCGGAAGUCAGUACUACACGACCGGGGUUUGUUCCGACGUCAGCCCCGACUUCCAGCUCUUGGGCAGCUUCUCACCGGCGCUGCAGACCUGCACUUCCUUCAUCGACGUGGUGGUUGUGUGCGAUGAAUCAAACAGUAUCUACCCCUGGGUGGCAGUAAAGAACUUUCUGGAAAAAUUUGUGCAAGGCCUGGAUAUAGGCCCCUCGAAGACACAGGUGGGGCUCAUUCAGUACGCCAACGAGCCCCGAGUGGUGUUCAACCUGAACACCUUCAAAACCAAAGCCGAGAUGACUGCAGCCACAUCCAGGACGGUCCAGAAGGGCGGGGACCUCACCAACACGUUCAAGGCCAUUCAGUUCGCCAGAGACUCCGCUUACACGGCAGCUGCUGGCGGCCGGCCGGGCGCCACCAAGGUCAUGGUGGUUGUCACCGACGGCGAGUCGCACGACGGCUCCAAGCUGAAGGAGGUGAUCGCGCAGUGCAACGAGGACGGCAUCCUGCGGUUCGGCAUCGCGGUCCUCGGGUACUUAAACAGAAAUGCCCUCGACACGAAAAACCUGAUAAAAGAAAUCAAAGCGAUCGCCAGUGUCCCCACCGAGAGGUACUUCUUCAACGUGUCCGACGAAGCCGCGCUGCUGGAGAAGGCGGGCACCAUCGGCGAGCACAUCUUCAGCAUCGAAGGCACCGUGCAAGGAGGGGAUAGCUUCCAGAUGCAGAUGGCCCAAGUGGGAUUCAGCGCGGAUUACUCUCCCGAAAAGGACGUCCUCACGCUGGGUGCAGUAGGGGCUUAUGACUGGAGCGGGACCGUGGUUCAGCAGACGUCCAGCGGACACCUGAUCUUCUCCAAACAAGCCUUUGACCAAAUCCUGCAAGACAGAAACCACAGCUCCUACUUAGGUUACUCGGUGGCGGCCAUCUCUACUGGAAAAGGGGUCCACUUUGUCGCGGGCGCCCCGCGGGCGAAUUACACGGGCCAGAUAGUGCUGUACAGUGUUAGUGAGAACGGCAAUGUCACGGUGAUUCAGGCUCACAGAGGCGACCAGAUCGGCUCCUACUUUGGAAGCGUGCUCUGCUCCGUGGAUGUGGACAAGGACGGCGUGACCGACGUGCUCCUGGUGGGUGCGCCCAUGUUCAUGAACGACCUGAAGAAAGAGGAGGGGAAAGUCUACCUGUUCACCAUCACGAAGGGCAUUUUGAACUGGCACCAGUUCCUGGAAGGCCCCGAGGGCGUGGAAAACUCGAGGUUCGGCUCCGCGAUCGCCGCCCUCUCCGACAUCAACAUGGACGGCUUCAAUGACGUGAUCGUCGGGUCGCCCCUGGAGCAUCAGAACUCGGGAGCCGUGUACAUCUACAACGGCCACGGCCGCACCGUCCGCACCAGGUUCUCCCAGAAAAUCCUGGGAUCCGACCGGGCCUUCCGGAGCCGGCUCCAGUACUUCGGGAGGUCCUUGGACGGCUAUGGAGACCUAAAUGGGGAUUCCAUCACUGAUGUGUCCGUUGGUGCCUUUGGACAAGUUGUUCAGCUCUGGUCGCAGAGCAUUGCUGAUGUGUCUGUAGACGCUUCGUUCACACCAGAAAAAAUCAUCUUGUCCAACAAGAAUGCAGAGAUCCGCCUCAAGCUCUGCCUGUGGGCGAAGUUCCGGCCCACCACGCCAAGAAGCCGCGUGGCCAUUACCUAUAACAUCACCAUCGACGCGGACCUGUACUCGUCCCGCGUGACCUCCAGGGGGCUGUUUAAGGAGAACAGCGACCGGUACCUGCAGAAGGACGCCAUCGUCGGGCCAGGACAGACUUGCUCUGAGUUCGCCAUCCACAUACAGGAGCCCUCGGAUGUCGUCAACGCCCUGAGUCUCCUCGUGAACAUCAGCCUGGCCCACCCCGGCACCAGCCCCGCCCUGGAGGCCUACUCGGACACGGCCAAGGUCUUCAGUAUCCCGUUCCACAAAGACUGUGGGGACGACGGCGUGUGCAUCUCUGACCUGGUGCUCGAGGUCCGCCAGCUGCCAGCUGCUCAAGAACAACCCUUUAUUGUCAGCAACCAAAACAAGAGGUUAACCUUUUCAGUGACACUGAAAAACAAAAGGGAGAGUGCGUACAACACUGGGCUCCGUGUGGAUUUCUCAGAAAACCUGUUUUUUGCUUCCUGGUCCAUGCCGGUGGACGGGACGGAAGUGACGUGCCAGGUGGCUGCCUCUCAGAAGUCCGUGGCCUGCGAUGUAGGCUACCCCGCGCUGAAGCCAGAACAGCAGGUGACGUUUACGAUUAACUUCGACUUCAAUCUUCAAAACCUUCAGAAUCGGGCAUCUGUCAGCUUCCAGGCCUCAAGCGAGAGUGAGGAAGCCAACGAGGCAGACAAUGCGGCCAACUUCACCGUCCGCCUGCUGUACGACGCGGAAAUCCACAUCACCAGGUCGACCAACAUCAACUUUUACGAAGUCUCGGAUGGGCAUGUUCCUUCCACGGUGCGCACCUUCGAUGACAUCGGCCCCAAAUUCGCCUUCUCCGUUAAGGUGACCACCGGCAGCAUCCCCGUGAGCAUGGCCUCCGUCCGCAUCCGCCUCCCCCAGCUCACCACGGACAAGAACCCGCUCCUGUACCUGACGGGCGUGCACACGAGCCAGGCCGGCGACAUCAGCUGCAGUGCCGACGUGGACCCGCUGAAAAUAGAACAGACUCCGGCUUCUGUGUCUUUUAAGAGCGAGAAUUUCCGGCACCUCAAAGACCUGAACUGCAGGACCGCCCGCUGCGGGAACGUCACCUGCUGGCUGCGAGACCCGCAGGUGCGGGCCGAGUACUUCCUGAACGUGUCCACGCGCAUCUGGAACGGCACCUUCGCCGCCGCGACCUUCCAGACGGUGCAGCUCACGGCCUCGGCGGAGAUCGACACCUACAACCCGCAGGUCUACGUGAUCCAGGAGAACGCGGUCACGAUUCCCAUCACGGUCACGAAGCCCCACGAGAAGGCCGAAGUCCCCACCGGCGUGAUCGUGGGGAGCGUCGUCGCCGGGAUCCUCCUGCUCUUGGCGCUGGUGGCCGUUCUGUGGAAGCUCGGCUUCUUCAAGAGGAAAUACGAGAAAAUGAUGAAGAAUGCAGACGAGGCUGACGAGACCGUGGAACUCAACAGCUGAGCGCCGGCCGGACCCGCGGGACAGGCCGCCUCCCGCCAGCGCCUGCUGCGGGCGCGGCUUUGUGUUUAAACCCAGGGUUUGGCGAUGUCUCAGGGGCACUAGUCUAAUAUUUUAUUUCAAGAAAACUGCAGGUCAGUUUGGAAAAAAGAACUGGGGGUGGGAGGGGUGGGAACUUAGAGGUUUAUGUAAAAGACUUAUUUGCUACGGACAGUGUCUACGCCGGCUGGUCCCCGGCGCACACGGUGGCGGUGCCCUGUCGGAAGGGGAUGUGCUUGCAGACCCGGCGCGUCUUCAACAAAACACACCUUUCUCCGGUGUUUUAUUGGCGGGGGAUCCGGUUGUGUGAAACGAUUGUUUUUAAAAGAAGUGACGCGUUUGGUGAAGACAGGACGAGCUUGGAUGUUGACGCUGGGGAAGGACAGCGUAUCAUCCCCUCCCGGCAGAAGUUGCCAGUUUUCUGAGAACUGAGUUUACAGUGAGGGCCCUGGCUGCUGGCCCGGUGGCCCCCUCGCCCUCUCCUGCAAUGAACUGACGGAGACGGAGACCCGCCGAGUGGCUGGGGCGCCUCCUGCCAGCAGGUCUCCAUCCCGGGGGUGAGGGAGGUUAGAGGCCGAAGCACAAGACACUGUGGCCAUGCUGCUGGUACGACCCGCCUGCCGGGGCCACCGUGUUGGGGGGACAGGGGAGUUCCCCCUCCCCGAGGGCCACAGCUGGCCGCCUGGCUGCUGGCAGGGACCUGGUGACUUUUUAAAGAUGAUCCACGUCCUGGGCACCUUCCUGCCUCCACACGGAGCCCUGUCCCGCCCUGGGAGCCCUGCUCUGGAGCCCCGGAGCCUCGUCCCUGCAUGGCUGCGGUCACCCCCCGUGUGCACACACCGUCUCCCCCAGCCCCUGCCCCCCCACGGGGAGGAGGCAGGAACCCCGCGCCGAGUGGAUUUCUAAUCCUUGGAGCUCCAGGGCGUGUGGAAGGCAAAGCAGGACGUCGUCUCAGGAGCCUGGGAGCAGGUACGGGGUACUGGGCGUCACCGGUAGCAGGCGUCCUCGGGGCUGGUCCGUCUCGUCUCCUGGACCGACCCCCGAAUGACUCUCACCUGGAGGCUGCCUCCCAGCUGGAGUCCCCAGUCCCAGCUCCCGAGACCGCUACUUGGUCGGUGGGCUGAGGCCCCGAACCCCUGUUUUCACGAGCGCCCGGUCGCUGUGCUGGAACAGACGGCCCCCCUUUUCCUUCUGCACCCUCUGCUCUCUGAGCCCACAGGACCUCGAAGGGUGGGGCUGGGCAGAAGGCGAGGGCCGGGCGCAGCGUGGGCGAUGCCAUGUGGAGCUGCAGCCUGGAGCUGCCAAUCAGCCGCUCGGCCCGGCGACGGCAGGGGCUGGAGCUCAGCAGCGAUGCUCUUGGCUCGGCUGAUGGCUCAGUGGGUGAGCAGUGACCUGUGAACCAGGAGGUCACUGUUCGAUACCCGGUCAGGACGCAGGCCCGGGUUGCGGGCUCGAUCCCCUGUAGGGGAGCAUGCAGGAGGAAGCCAAUCAAUGAUUCUCAUCAUUGACGGUUAUCUCUCUCCCUCUCCCUUCCUCUCUGAAAUCAAUAAUAUAUAUAUAUAAAAUAAAAGUCUGGGGCCUGGGUUUUUAUAAUACAAAUAGUCCUUCAAGGCUCUGACUUUGAGAAGAAGUCAGGGAGGACAGGGAUUCGUCCAUGUGAUCUGGCCUGGCCCCGGCCGUGGCAGCCAGGCCCGGGCACGCAGGUCAGUGGUUUACUUUGUAUUUCACCAAA